AUGCCGGAUUUGCAGGAUCGGCAGGACGUGGAGCUGGUGAAGCUGGUGGAGCAGCUCACGCGACAUCCGUUCUUUAUGGCUGCAAGCCAACAUAAACAUUUAUCUUACUGCAAGGACGAGCAGCUGAAGGUCCUUAAGAUCUGGGCCAAGCCAGCGACGGGGAAAGGAGAGAACUUCGUUGGCGUGAUGACCCGCAUCUAUGUGGACUAUCAGCUGGGCGAUGGAUCGCUGGAGAGGAAGACCUACAUAGUGAAACAGGCUCUCGCCGACGACGUUCCCCUCUUCGAGUACGAUCUGUACACCCGGGAAAUGGACAUGUACGAGUUCGUCCUGCCCAAGCUGAAGGAACUGCUCCAGGAAGCCGGCCUGGAUGGUAAGCUAACAGCAGAUGCCAUCAUGAUUCUAGGAUUGUCAGUCGUAGCCAUAGAUUUUCCGUUCAGCAAUUGCACAUCGCCCGCCAUCGACCUGCACUACUUCUUCACCACUUCCCUAAUGGAGGAGUUCAGGGACAAGGAAUCGGAGCUCGUUGAGCAUCACUAUAGCGCCCUAAAAGCGAACCUGGAGAAGUUCUCAUACAAGGGCUCGUUUCCCAGCCUGCAGGAAUAUGAGCUUCAGUUCGAACGCCGCCGAUUCAUGAGUAAUCUUUUGGCUCGCAUGUUCAAGCCUUGCAUGAUUUACAAUGGUUCUGAGGAGACCUCCGGCUUCUCCAGUCUGUAUUCGGAUACCCCUGGGUAUGCCAGUGAAGCGGUGAUCAGGAGUUCCACAAAACUGCUGGCCCUUCUUGAUGCCAAGGGGUUUUUGGAUCUCCAAUAG